UACAUGUUGAGCAAUGACCAAAAUGGAAAAAAAAAAAACGAGCUGAACAUUCCAGUUACGUCUAUAUUACGAAGAUGAAGGGGAACUAAAAAUCACUUCUAUGAACCAAGUGACGUAGUUGUUUGGUAACACCCGUACACUGGAAACGCGAGAAAUUUUACUGUGCCUUGUAUUUAUCGAUAUCGUUAACAAUGUGCAGCACACCAGCCAAGACGAUGGAUCCUCAACCUACGAAGAAAAAAGUCGUUGCCGUAGUUGGAGGUGGUUUGGUCGGUGCUUUGAAUGCAUCCUUCUUGGCAAAAAGGGGUUUUCAGGUACAGCUCUUUGAAUCACGUGAAGAUAUCCGCCAGGCUAAAAUUGUGCGUGGCAGAAGCAUAAACCUGGCUUUAUCCCUCCGAGGACGUGAGGCUCUAAAGCACAUUGGGAUGGAGGAAAAGAUUGUUUCGAAGGGGAUUCCAAUGCAUGCUCGCAUGAUCCACUCCAUUAGUGGGAAACAGUCCCCAAUUCCUUAUGGAAAAAAGAGUCAGUACAUCCUGUCCGUGGACAGAGCCAACCUCAAUAAGGAACUCUUAACAGCUGCGGAAGCUUACCCAAACACGAAGCUGAACUUUGGAUACAAGCUCUCGGACUGGAGCUUUGAUUCGGGGAUGAUGACCUUCCAGGGACCAAAUGGCACUGAGGAAGAAAUCUAUGCUGACUUGAUUGUGGGCUGCGAUGGGGCUUUCUCAGCCGUCAGAAAGCAGUUUCUUCGUCAGAGUCGCUUUAACUACAGUCAGACGUAUAUUCCCCAUGGAUACAUAGAGCUGACCAUGCCCCCCAUUAAUGGACAGUUUGCCAUUGCACCGAAUUUUCUCCACAUUUGGCCACGGAACACAUUCAUGAUGAUCGCCCUUCCAAACAUGGACAAGACAUUCACCUGUACCCUGUUCAUGCCAUUUGAAGAGUUUGACAAAAUUACAACAGGAGCUCAAGCUCUGGAAUUUUUCCAGAAAUAUUUCCCGGAUGCUGUCCCAUUAAUGGGAGUAGCUGCUUUGAAGCGAGACUUCUUUCAAUUGCCGGCCCAAGCCAUGGUGUCUGUGAAAAGCUCCCCGUACCACAUGGGCGACAGGUGUGUCCUCAUGGGGGACGCGGCUCAUGCUGUAGUGCCCUUCUACGGGCAGGGCAUGAAUGCGGGCUUCGAGGACUGCAUUGUUUUCGAUGGUAUAAUGGACCAAUUUAAUGAAGACCUGAGUGCUGUCCUUCUGGAAUAUUCCAAAAUAAGGGUGCCAGAUGACCACGCCAUUGCUGAUCUUGCCAUGUACAAUUAUAUUGAGAUGAGGUCCCAUGUCAACUCCAGAUGGUUCCUGUUUCGGAAAUUUCUGGAUAAUUUUCUUCACCGGAUCAUGCCGAGGACAAUCAUCCCAUUGUAUACUAUGGUAACAUUCAGCAGGAUGAGAUACCAUGAAGCCGUGAGACAGUGGCAAUGGCAGAACAAGGUGAUUUCUAGAGGCCUGUUUGUAUGUGGCACCGCAUCUGCAAUUGGAGGAACCUUCUUGCUGAUUAAACUUUUUACAAUGAGACCCAGCAUCUCUCUGGAGCAGCUCUGGAAUCGGGUUCCGGCUCUCAAGUGGUUCUGAGACUGCAGUAGUUGAAUGGGGCCAUAGAAUCCAUGAAUCAAUCCAAUUAACGUAAUAUGAUAAAUUAAGAAACUAAGGCAUAUUUGAAAUCAUGACAAAUAGAGAUGACAUCAUUAGAAAUAUUCCAUAAAUAUUUCUCCACCCAUGGCUAAGAAAGCUAUUUUAUAAAAGAUAUGUCUUUUGGUAAUGUAAUAAAUGUAAGAGUAGUCUGUUGCCUUGGUGACACUGGGAAAAAAACAGCAGUUGUUAACAGCAUUCAUUUUUAAAGUAUUUCUGUUUCCUCACAGUAAACAAAUGUAGUGUUAUCACAACAAUGUUAUGUAAUUAGGUCAUUUAAGAUGUGUUUAUAUCUUCAGUGCCAGCCACAAAGUGUCAUUAAUGCAAAACUGGUGCGUCAAAUAAGGUGUCUUGACAAUUGCUGCACAAUUAAUGACAAUCAAAACUACAUGAAUGGUGGGUCACAUUAUAUCUUCAGGGGGCAUUAUUUCCUUCACCUCUGUCACAUCUUCUUGUUCUGUGUUGUCCUAUACUUCAGAUACUCCUACAGGCAUAUUCCACAUACUGGAUGUACUUCAGACAUAACGUAUGCUAAGUUCUAGUUAAUUUCUAUAAAAGUUCAAAUUGUGUCUGAAAAUGAAUUGCCCCAAAAUUAAAAUCUGAAAGAAAUGGAAUUUCCAACAAAUAACGCAACAGCUCAACUUUGGAACCAUUAAGAAAUUAUUAACGUCUAAGUUCAUAGUAGGUGGCAAAUGGUGGUUGGUGGUUGACUGGGUGGCACUGUUGCCUCACGCUACAGGUUAAGGGUUGGCCUACCUUCCCUACUUUGUGUUUGUGGAGCUUGCAUGUUUUUCCACGAAUUAGUGUAUGUUCCCCUGCCAGCCUGGGAGAGGCUCCCUCUGACCCUUUAUCAGAGGUAUUUAGUUCAGGUCCAGAAAGUAAAAAUCCAGACCAGGAUUUUGUUUCACCCAAUCGGUUGUGUACUCUGUGGCUGUGACCUUUUUAUACUUUAUACUAGUUGGUUGAAACAAAAUCUUGGUCUGGAUUUUUACUUUCUGGACCAGAACUAUCCACCUCUGCUCUAUACUGGUUAAGGGGGUGAAAGAUAGAUGGAUUAAGUGGCAGAUAUUUUUCUUUGUUGUGUUCAUUUUGGAGGAUAAACCAGUCCUGUUGGAAAGCUUCUCUGAAAUAUACCAAUAGCAAAGGCCUAGUAAGGAGUAGGACCACAUGCUUCCUACAUAACAACCUUUAACCUUUCUUUAAACUGUGCUUAGUGGGACACUGGACCAUUCUUCAGGAAAACAAACUUAGAGUUCCCUGAGGAACUGAGGAUGCAGAAAUCGACUUUGCACUCUGCAGGUCGAGUACUCGAUGUUUGGCCAUUUUGGAGCUCUGUCAGUUGCAUUGUGUCAACACCAAAGUGCUGAUUGUGAAGGAUCUUCAAUAGCAGACACUAACUGGCAUUCAGUCUAACAUGACCCAACUUUGUAGCUGUUUAUAAUUGUUAUUUAGUUACUUCAAAGGUAGCAUCCUUUUUCAUUUGGUGUUUCCAUUGUGUCUACUCCCUGUAUGUCAACCCCUAUUUAGAUAAUUUUUUAUCUUUAAUUUUAUAGUAUUUAAAAUGCCUUUUUAUUUGACAAGGAAACCUGUAAGGGAACAGAGUAAGGGAUUAGAUUGAAACCUUUAACUGUGCAGCUUUGAGAUGGCAAUGUCAGCCAUAUAUGAUUGUAUAGGCUUGUAAAUACAUAAUAUUUGCUGUGUGGUACUUGAGUGGUAUCUGAAUGGAAAUAAUAAACAGAUGCAAUACCUUGGA